AUGUCUCUCGAGGUUUUCCAUCUUGGACUCUCUCAAUCUGAGAGAAUCGUAUGGCUUCUAGAGGAGUUGCAAGUGCCGUACACAUUGCAUGUCUUUGAGAGAGACCCCACAACUGGCCUCGCACCCAAGGGAAUCAAGGACGUUAACCCCGCCGGGACCGCACCUUAUUUCCGCGAUAGCACUGUUUCACCGCCAAUCGAGCUUGGAGAGUCUGGCGCAACCGUCGAAUACAUCUUAAACGUCCAUGGAACCAAGGCCGGCUCCGCAGCCCCGAGACUCAUUCGCACUCCCAAUGACGCCGAUUACGCCGCCUAUCUCGAGUGGUUUCACUUCGCAAACGGCACUCUCCAGCCGACUCUCGGCCGCGCCAUGACCCUCGUGUUCGCCGGCGCUUCGCAAAGUGACUUUGGCAAGCGCAUGGAACUCAAGUCCCACGGAGCUCUCAAGUUGAUGGACGCCCGCUUGGCCAAUAACAAAUGGCUUGCCGGUGAGAACUUGAGCGCCGCGGAUAUCAUGACGGUUUUCACUCUCACUACCAUGCGUGGCUUCUAUCCUCUCCUGGACCUGACGAAGUACAAGAACAUCUUGCGGUACCUGAAGGAUGUUGCCGAACGCCCUGCAUACCGAAAGGCACUGGAGAAGGGAGAUAAGGGCAUGGAACCUAUGAACGGACCCAAGGUCAAGGCAUUCAAGCAAUUUGCGGCAUUUGGUGCCGUUUACGAGUCCCUGGGCUACUAG